AUGGGGGAGAGGGCUUUCGCAUUGCUUUUUGCGAAUGUCCACCUUAUUCUUUCCCGGAAUUUUCCCCUCGCUCUUCUUAGUUUUUUCUUCCUCCCCUUUGGCAUGGGAAACCUUUUUGCUUUACCACCUCUCAAGUUCUUGCAUUUAACUCUAUAUAUAAAUACUCCAUACAGUAGUACUAUUAAUUACACAGCUCAAAGCAUUUGGUUAGAUAUUGAAAUGGCAUGCUUAUGGAGGCAGCUGCCGGAAGACUGCGUUUCGAGGAUUUUAUCCGGCACAUCUCCGGCAGAUGUAUGCAGAAUUCUUACCGUCUCCAAGGAAUUCCGACAUCCCGCUGAAUCCAACCUUGUAUGGAACCAAUUCUUGCCUUCCGAUAUCCAUACCAUUCUUCCAUCACCAAUCAACUUCUCAUCCACCAAAAACCUCUUUUUCCUCCUCUCUCAAUCCAUCCUUGUCGAUGAUGGCAAAAAGGCCUUUGCAUUAGAGAUAUCAACAGGGAGAAAAUCAUACAUUCUUUCUGCAGCAGACCUUUCCAUUUUCCACAGCAACAACAACAACUGGACCUGGAAAUCCAUUCCAGAAUCAAGAUUUGAUAAGGUGGGGGAGGUGAAAGAGGCAGAGAGGCUCGAAAUAGAGGGCAAGAUAAGAAGCGAAGCACUGUCUCCCGAAACCAACUAUGGCGCAUACCUAUUAUUCAAAAUCAGCGAGGAUGCAUACGGCCUCAACUCCAUACCAUGUGAAACCUUCAUAGCUUCCGGGGACCGCCUGCUGGCCACCAACACCGCCACUUUAGAUGAUACCAUCAACCGCCCCCUGCACGCCCUCUUCUACGGGAACAGGCUGCACAAGAUGAAGGAGAGGGUAGGGCUCAACACCGCCCCAGCCGCCCCUUCUAAGAGACAAGAUGGCUGGCUCGAAAUCCACAUCGGAGACUUCUUUAUAGGUGCCGCUGACACCGGCAACAUAACCAUGGCUGUCACGGAGAUUAAGGGUCAUCAGCUUAAGGGAGGACUCAUUGUUGAAGGAAUCCAUGUCAGGCCAAACACCUAGUUGAGCACUUUUUUUUUCUUUUUAAAAAAAAAAAAAAAAAUUCAUUCAUUUAUAGAUGCACGUGUUGUUGUAAGAAGUUUGUAUUAAAACUGAAUCAAUCGACAUAUAGAUUUAAUUUUCUAUUGACUGUUAUCACUUGAUUGGCAUGAAUAAAUAAGUCCCUUGUCCCUUUCA